AGCAUCCGUGGUACCUCAUCUGCCUCGCGCCUGCGCUCCGCCGCCCGCCGACAGAGACCGCCAGCACCGCAGCCGGUACCGCCACACUCGAACGCCCGCCCUCGCCGUACACAAGCGCCGCCUGACGCACCAUGUCCCGCAUCGUCUUCUCGCUGCUGCUCGCCGCCGUCUUGGCCGCCGUCGCCGUCAGCGACGGCUCCGCCAUGCCCGCGGACAACCACAGGGUAAAGCGCAUGUCGGACCAUCGCGUCGCAGAACUCCAGACUCUGCUGUCGAUGGGCAAAAUGGGCGGCAAAGUCGUCACCCACAAAGUUGGAUACGGCCAAGUGGACCCAAUGAAAGUGGGACGCCGCCGCCGUUCUGAUCCACGCAUGCUGUCGCGCCUGCAGCAGCUGCUGCUCAGCGCAGCUGCGGGCAACUCCCACGAGCAGCUUCCGGAGCAGGAGGAGGAGCAGCAGCACCUGCAGCUGCAGCUGGACCCCACCGAGGAGGACGAGCGGCAGGUGCUGCUGCAGCUGCUGGAGGGACAGCUGCAGGCGCAGUCGCCGCAGCAGCAGCAGGAGCAGCAGCAGCCGCGGCUGGCGUGGUGGCCCAGGACGCUCACACCACAGCUGUAAGCGAGCGCUCCACGCCAUCGCCAGCCGAGCCGACCGGGCAGCUACAACAAGUGGCAGCUGGCUGCCGACCCAACCCGCUCAGCCCUACCGCCCUGCAGCCCUACCGAGCAUCCAAUAGUUGCUAGUUCAGCGGUCAUUUAAUAAUUUAUUGUUCCAGUUAGAAUUCAUAGAAACUGCUGUACAUAAUUACAAUGUAGUCUGUCUGAUGUCAAUCAUCUCAUCUUUAAUUUAUUUAUUUAUUUAAUAAUUUAUUUCGUGUAUGUUAAUUCAUUUAGCCGUAUCUCUGGACAAUAUUCACAUUCCAGUUCUAUGUUUCAUCUAGAAGGCUGUCUAUCCUGUCAUGUCUCUCUCCUUCCACAUUCGGGUUCCCUUCUGUUUUGUACGUCCUUUUGACUUACAGAAUUACACUCGUCGAUUAGCCCUGACAUUCCAUUGUUAACUACUUUGUCAAACUGCUCUCACAUUUCCAAAAAUCCCUCUGUAUCUUCUUGAGAGAGAAGUCUUGUAGUUGCUUCUCCAAUAAUUUCCUUUCCCUAAAAUGAAUUGUGCCCCUCAGCACAUCCUAAAAAUAUUAUCCCAGUCUCCAGACUGAUCCCAUCCCAUGUUUACGACGCCUUGCUACAGCAAAAACUCUAAAAUGUUGGUCUGCAUACAAUAUUUCUACUUAUGCGCUUCAUUUUCUUGUUUUUCACUAGUAGAUUUGUUUCUACUUAAACUUUUUGUCAAUUCCUGCUUGCUAAAUUAUAAAUGUGCUUUUGAUGCAAAGAUAUUUACACAGCUAUCUUUUGCCCUGAAAUGUGAAACAUAAAGCAUGAAGAUACCAGAAAGUAUUAUUAUUUUUGUUAAGUUAUGUAUCUUAAUUUCACAUGUACCCUUAUAGAACUUGUAAGUCAACGUUGCUGGCUGUGUUUUAUUUAUUUUGACUGUUUCAAAGUUCCUAUUUAUAGUACUUAUAAAUUGUUUGCAUAAACGUUAGUCUGUUUUUAUUUUGUGAAUACCGUCUGAAGUUUAAUUUAUUUUUAAAUAUUUAUAAAUGUAUUAAUUU